AUGGAAGAUUCAAGGAAAGGAUUAAAUGAAGAUCAUAGUGUAAUUGAUGAUGAAUUUGUCAAACAACUUAAGUCUCAGAAAAAAGAAGAAAAAAAACUUAAAAAAAUUAAAUAUUUAGAAGAAAAGAAAGAACGUCAAAACGAAAGAAGACAAUUAAAACGAAAAGAGAAAAAGGAAAGAAUCAAAACAAUUAAAAAAGAGGCAUCAGAACAUCCAGAAGAAAAUAUUAAAAUUCCCUAUAGAAAGAAAAAAAGAGAUGUUAAAGAUAUAGUAUGUACUGGAAAGGUAUUUAUUGACUGUGACUAUGAAGAAUUUAUGGAAGAAAAAGAUAUCAAAUCUUUGUUUAAAGAAAUUGAGAUGAUUUAUUCAUUUAAUCAUAAACAAGAACAUCCAUUUGAACUUAUCAUUUGUGGUAUUGGACCAUCUCUUAAAAAAUAUAUUGACAAACAUCCCAAUACACCACAAUGGAGGUUAAUCACUUUCACUGAUAAGACAAUUAACCAAUUCAUUAAUGCUUUACAUCGCCCACUAUAUCUAACUUCUGAAAGUUCAGAGUCAUUAAAGGAUAUUAAUGAAAAUGAUAUUUUUAUCAUUGGUGGGUUUGUUGAUCAUAAACAACACAAAGGAAUUUCACAACAAAAAGCAGAAACACUUCAUUUAAGAACUCUCAAACUUCCAAUUGAAGAAAAUAUUUCUUCAAUGAAAAAUAUAGUCAUGGCAACAAACCAUGUAUUUGAAACAUUGUGUCGUUUUAAACAGUCAAAUAAUUGGAAAGACUCUUUAGAAAAAAGUAUUCCAUUAAGGUACUUCAAAUAA